CUUGAUGCAUCACAUCACGCCUGUCCUGUCCGCGCGCUUUCUGAUCAACAUCAUCCCUUGCCUUGCCUUGCCUUGCCUUGCCUUGCCUUCCCUUCCACUCGGCACGCGACCUCAGCUCAGCUCAGCUCUACAAUCACUACGCGCGCACUCGUGUGCGACGGAGCAACAAGCCAGCCAGCCAGCCAGCCAGCCAGCCAGCAAGCCAGCCAGCAGCACAUCCCACCUUUUGGCGAAUCGCGUGCCAAGCGACAGUGCCGGUAUGGGCGAGGGGAUGGAGUUGGAAUGGGAAUCGGAGUGGAGGGAUGAGCAGCUGUUGCAUCAGCUUCGCACCUUGGCCGCACAAAAGGGCUUGUCCAUCGCUGCUGGCAAUGGGCCCGUGCAGGAUGCUUUAGAGUCUGCUCCUGCUGCUGCUUCUGCUCCUGCUGCUGCUUCUGCUUCUGCUUCUGCUUCUGCUUCGAGCAGUCUGAGUGCAUCGCACACGCCUUCGCAGAUGGCGUCCAUCGUGGCAGCGCAGAGGGACGGCGUGGACAUUUCAUCCUUUUUGCUGCCUUCCUUCGAUCCGCAAGCGUACGCGAAUGGCAUCAUCGAAGGCCACGCUCAGCCUCAGCCGCACCUCGCUGUAGCGCAAUCCUCAAGCGGCAGCAGGAGCCAAUCAGCAUCAGCAUCAGCAUCAGCAUCAGCAUCAGCCUCAGCGCAGGAGGCCACACCUCGUUGGAGUCCAAGCAGAUCCUUCGCCCCUCUGCCAAGCACCAGUACACUGCGCAGUGCUGCCGCCGCUGCUGCUGCUGCUGCCAACCCUGUCACCCCUGUCACCCCUGCCACUCCUACCGCCCCUAUCGCGGCCACUGCGGCCAAGGAUGUGCAGGGAGACGUGAGCAUGGCACUGAGCAGACUCAAUCUCGCCAUCGACGACGUGGAUCGCAUGAUCAAGGAUGAGGUAUCGAUGCACUCCACGUUGCUGCUGCAACACUCUCACAGCAUCCUCUCCCUCUCUGCUCCUCUAUCGAACGCCAAGACGACGCUCGCGACGCUCGAUCAUCUUCUAGUCACGCUCUCCAAUCGCAUCUCACAGCCCUAUCAGUCCCUCAAACGAUCCAGAAGGCGCCUUAUGAAAGUGCGCCAAGCUCAAGUCCUCGUAGACAGAGCAGCCAAAUUCGUAAGCAUCGCCAACAGGCUGGCAGGGCUGAUCGAUGGUCUGCAGAAGGAGGAUGCCAAUGCAGAGUACGAUCAGGAACGCAGGGGAAGAGCACUGGCCAGAGCUGCCAAAUGCGUUGGUCAGCUGUCCGCUCUCUUGGCCACGUCGGCUGGGCAAGAGGGGGGUACAGAUCACCGCUCUGCAUCUCCCGCUUCAGACGAGUCGGAAAACACCUCGGACUCAGGGUCAGACUCUGAUAGCGAUGCUUCAUUGUCGUCUCGUCGCUCCAUCGCCAUCGACAAGUCGCAAUCGAGCUCCAAGCUGCCCCUCACCUCUCUGCACUUUGUCGCCUCGUACAUUCCCACGCUCGACGCCCACAAGGAUUACAUUACCGACGCGAUGGAAUCGACGGUGGUGCUGGGCUUGAGAGACUUGAACCCUGCACUGCUCAGCAUAUCCCUCACCACUGCUUUCAACCUGGGAAGCCUAAGAUUUCUGGUCAGGGAUCUGAUGGGCGAUCUGAGAGAGGUCAUCAAGAGUCGAGUCAAGGCUGCUCUUGAUCCUCAAGCGCUCGCAAAGGAGACGGGAGUACGUGAACCCUCGACAUCGCAAUACACUUCCUACAAAUCUCGCCACUCGUCCCGUCCCGGCGCAUCUAGCGCAGUAAUGGACGGUGCUCUGACGCCGCAGCAACAUGCGUGGAGCACCACAUUUUGGCAAAAAUUGAGUGUGCUGCUCAUCAGCGAGAUGAGCGCGGUCUGUUCCAAGGUGUAUGCGCUCGAAGGCGUUCUAAGGCUCAAGAGGGAUGAAGACAGCGGCAGAGGGUACUUGGAGGAAACGUUGGAGACGCUCGGAGAUAAGCCCAGCUUCAUGUUCUGGACGACUUUCGCCCAGUCGUUUGAAAUGCAGAGUCAAGAAGCUAUCAAGGCAUCGCCUUUUCUUGCCGAACAGCUGGUCGCUUCUUACCCUCGACUGGUGCGCCUCUUUCAGGAUUUCUUCCAGCGCGUGUCCAACGUGACCGAGCUCAAUUAUACCGAUGACCAUCAGAGUCCCGAGACUGUCGUGGUCCUUCGGAGCGCAUUGCACCUCGAAACAACUUACGUGCAGCGCGUGCAUGCGCGUCUGACCGACUCUGUCGCCGCUCUGGCGACGAGCAAGAGCCGCGCAGCGGGCUCGAGCAGGACUACAAACGCCGCGCUGGCGGAUGGAGAAAGGUUGGCCAGGACUAUCAGCAACGAACUGGACGGCGCUCGCUUUGACCCGCUCCUUCUCAGGGCAGUCGCUGCUGCCGUGGAAAAGUGCACGCUGGACGCGCUGGAAAAGCUCGAGAAGAGUGUUGCUAAAGAUGCUUCGGCGUACACGCUCGCGGCGAACGAGACGACACCUAGCCAAUUUGGGAAUGCGGACCUUGCUAAUGGGCUUACGGGCCUAGCUAGGGGCUUGCGUGCCGUGAACGCUGAGAGUCCAUCUGCGGUGCGCGGUCUUGUUGGCCGGCUCGAACAGCGCGCGUCCCGACUGCUUCAGGACGAACUUUUAGAUCCUCUGCUGCAAUCCACGAAGAAGGAAUUGACAGUGACCUUUGCGAGGAUGCACAAUGUCGACUUUGCCAAAGGAGGUGCAGCCCCUUCCGGUGGUCCGGGUGCUGCGGCGGGUGUAGCAACGGGCGCGGGAAGCGUCUAUAUGGCAGAAGUGAGCGAUCGACUUUGGUACGUUCGCGAGAUGCUCGCGCUCAAGUAUGAAGACGAGACGAGGAGUCGAAUAACGCUGGAGCUGGCUAUUCAUGCGCUGGAUACGUUUGUGCUGCAUGCUAGCCUCGUUCGACCUCUUGGCGAAUCUGGGGCGCUGAAGCUGUCCAGCGACACGACCGAGCUGGAGUUUGCUACUUCGCAGAUGUUGCAAGCAUCACCGCGGCGUGCUUCCUCUGCAAUUAUGAGCACAGGAGUGUCACAGUCUGCGCAGCAGCAGACUUUGACGCUGGCGGAUUGCGGCGCACCUUUUCGAGCGCUGAGAUCAUUCAGACCUUUGCUGUUCAAGGAUCUGGAUGGGCUGGCGGACAAGGACCUUUUACCUUCUACCAGCGGUCUCUCUCCGCUCGUAGUCGCGCAUCACAUUAUUCGCACGAGCAAUCCCGUUCGUUCCAAAACUGCUGCCGCCGCCGCCGCCGCCGCCGUCUCCUUCUCGUCCACCGCGAGCAACAAAAAGGAAGAAAAGGAGGCAGCAUCAUCCGAGGCGGGUGUGCAGCUCUCAAACGAGUGGUUCCCUUUUCCGAACGAACAGAGGGGCUGGAGCAAGUCGGAAUAUGUGAGGUGGAUACAAACCAGGCACGAUGCGCGAGAUGCACUGAGCUUGCUCUGGGCCACUCUGGAUCAGCAUGCGCACACCGAUGUCGGCAUGGAAUCUGCUGGCAAGACGGUGCAAUUUUUGCAAAGGUGGAAGCAAGUCGUGGAGCACAGCGACGUGAUUCGUGAUGCGUGACCUCUCAGUCAGGCCUGAGUGUACUCGCUUCAAGAUGCUCAUCAGCCUCGUGGUCACUACAGCUUGCAAUGCAUCCCAUUCGUCGUGUUG